AUGAAUCCCAUGAUCAUUGUUGCUUGUUUGGCUUUGGCUUGCGGUGCUCAAGCAUCGCAAGGGUGGGCCGGUCCCCCCGCCAACAUCGCUCUAUCCCAGGACGGACGCAACAUCCUCGACACACCCGAGGUAGCACAGGCGCGUGCCGCUCACCUGUCUGCGUUGAACCAGGCUGCCCAAAACAACCCCAACCCCCAAGAUGACGGCUCUUACAACCCUCAAUGGGACAAUGAGGAGUACUGGCAGAAGGCUGACCAGAACAAGUGGAACGCUGCUCCUGCUCACAACCAAUGGAACGCUGCCCCCGCCCAAAACCAAUGGAACGCCGCUCCUGCUCACAACCAGUGGAACUCUGGCGCACCUGCUCCCGUUGCUGAGUCUGCACAAGGCGCUCAACAGUGGAACGCUGCUCCCGCUCAAAACCAGUGGAACGCUGCUCCCGCUCACAACCAGUGGAACGCUGCUCCCGCUCACAACCAGUGGGACUCCUCCUCUCAAUGGAAUGGUGCUCCUUCCUGGCAGGGCGGUAACCCCGCUCAGCAGCCCGCUAACAUCAGAUUAGCCAACGAUGGUUCUGGAAUCCUUGACACCCCUGAGGUUGCCGCCGCUCGUGCCGCCCACUUACAAGCUCACGCGCAAGUCGCGCACGCGGCCCCCGCACACGCUCCUCAGCAACGCUGGAAAGAUCAACUGUCGCACAAUACCAAGCGAGACUUCCAAGAUCAGAAAGGCAACACACCAAAUUUUUUAGUAAAGAAUUGCGGAAUUAUCUACAAACGUCUACUCUGCAUGGGCUUCGAUACAUCGGGCAGCGAGAACUUACUUGGUGUGAAAGGAUUCUUUAUACAAAACGUUUACGCGAAAUGGCGUAUGUCACCAAUGAUAGUAAGUAUCAACCCAAAGAACAUAGAGCUCGAAGAACUACCCUUUCCGGCAAUUACAAUUUGCAAUAUGAACCAAGCCAAGAAAUCGGUGGCUUUGCGAUAUUUAGAAGAAGGAAACCACGUCGAUAAGAAGUUACUCAGACAUUUAUGCAGCUCAAGAGAAGACUCGUCGAGAUUUGAGGACGACAUCGCUGGCAGCGCCGACUGGGACCACACCAGACAAUUCCUCAUUAAUAUCACCCAGCCAUGUAACGAAAUGAUCGCGCAGUGCAUUUGGGCCUCCAGUACGGUGAAUUGUGAGGAUCUUUUUAACGCUCAACUUACAGACGAGGGACUCUGCUGCACCUUCAAUGCCGUACACCGAAACAACAUGUUCAGAAACCCCAGAUCGGUAAACGAUCUAAAUUUAACAUUUCCAUCGCCGGCAGUAGACUGGACACCUGAAGAUGGAUACCCUGCUGAUGCACCACCAGACGGUUUUCCAUGGAGACCAAAAGGAGUCGGCACUCAAAAUGGCCUUAGUUUGGUAUUGGAUGCUAAUAUAGAUGAAUACUAUUGCGCAUCAACAAAAAGUGCUGGAUUUAAGAUCCUAAUGCACAAUCCGGUGGAAACACCGAAGCUCAGAAACUUGGGCGAGAUUUAUGCGCCAGGUAUAGAAGGUCGUAUCUCGAUAUGUCCAGAAAUAUCGGAUUCGCGGUCGUCUCUUCGCACCAUUGAUAUUAAGAAGAGACUCUGCUUGUUUUCCAGUGAAAAGGAACUAGUAUUUUUCAGAACCUACACUUUGAAGAACUGCCAAAUGGAGUGUGAAGCACGAGCAAUGUUAGAUGUAUGCAGAUGUGUUUACUAUUAUAUGCCAAAAAAUAAAACUACGCCUAUCUGUGGGAAAUCAGACGCAAAGUGUUACGCUAAUAUGAGCAAAAUUAUACCAGGUCAAGAUACGUCGUGCAAAGAAUGUUUGCCAGCUUGCAAUGAGCUAGCAUAUAGCGAACGUUUUAGUUGGGCUCCGUUAAAAAACUCACUUGUAGCCAAACUGGCGCAAAACCUCGGGAACAGAACACAAGAGUACUUCACCGAACACAGGAGGCCUGCUAGGACUGUGCCUUGGUUUCAGUAUAAUGAGCCUAGUGGAACUGAUCUACUAUCUGAGCCUAAGAGCAUUGUGCAUGACGAUCCGGCGGCGUGCAAGAUUCCCAUUUGUAAAAUAACUUAA